CUCACAGCCUUAUCAAUGAAAAUACAUUUUUAUAUAUCUAUCUCUAAUCAUUUCUUCUUAAUUGUAUUUACAUGAACUAAGUCAACAAAUUGAAAACACAAUGACUGCCCUUCCCUCGUAUAGUACUGCUACCGGUACAUCCAGUAAUCGAAGCCUGCAACCAAUUAGUGGUUUUAAGGGUUGGCAAUUUGUUAUCUGCGAGCGUAUUUUUAGUUCAGAUUAUACGGUUUUUGUUUCUAAAGAUUCAGUUGGGAAGUAUUCAGCGUUUAAACAUGAUGGAAAUCAUUCAAUUACUAAAAAGGUACAACAUUCAGGUGUAGGAAUUCCAUUGUUAAAAGUUGUAACACAUGAAUUUUCCUUGACUAAGAUGCUAACAAUAUACAAGUAUUUCAUAAAUGAGGAUUCAUUUCGUCAAAAGGGCUUUGAUUCUACCAAUGAUUGUUAUAAAUUUUGUAAGGUUACUAAGAAUAAACAUAUUGACUAUACUACAUAUAUACUUUCAUUCACUCCUGAUCGUUUCAAUCCUCUGGUAAAUUUUGAAGUUGUCAUGUUUGCUCAUAAUGUUUUACCUAUUAUAGAUUAUGAGUUUCAAGGGAAUUUUUACAGAUGGAUUAAAAAUGGUCCAAGUUCUUCGUGGUACAAAUAUAACUACAUUAACUAUUUAUUAAAUCCUAAUCAAAAUUGUCUUGCUCGAUUUUGGGAUAAACAAACUUAUAAGAUUAAUCGUGAUAAAUCGAUUGACAAUCCAUUAUUAGGAAACAACUUUAAAAAAUUCUUUAGUUUUAGUUCGAGAUAUCCCAAGGAUGAUUACACUUCUUUAAUGCAAUUAGCUUCCUUGGAGGAACUUGUUUCUUCAGCAGUCCAUUCCUAUAAUCAAACGGCUUUACUUGAUGUGUUAGAUCUUUACGAACCUUCUGCAGAUGUAGUUAAGUACGAAAGCAUUCAUUCGGUUAACAUGGAUAGCUUAAUUAAGGUUUGUAUGUCGCUAGUAUUUAAACGUGAGGAAGAUAUCACAGCAGCUCGUAAAAAAAGAAAUAUGAAUAAUUAUAGUUAUCUGAGUUUUAGUAGCAAUUCAUUACAGAUUUAAUAUUAGUAGAUAGAUUACUUAUAACAGAAUGUAACAGUAUUGCUUAAUCAUAAAUUGCGCUUUCAUAACUUUUUAUUUUUCGCACCUGCAACAUGAGUGACACUCCAAGCCCC